UUUAGUUUGACAUUCGCACGUCGUAUAGUUUUUUUUAGAGAAAUAGAAGCGCUGUUCUUGCAAUUUUUAGAAAUUUAUUAAGUAUUAUUGUUGCUGUUUAAAGAAAUAACGGGACAAUUCUGUAAAUAGUUCGUAUUAAAGAAAUGUCCAUUUUUGGACCUUUGAUGGGAGAUAUGGAAGACGAUCCUUUCUUUGGGUGUCAUAUGCGACACAUGCGUCAAAUGAGCAACAUGAUGAAUUCAUUAUUUUCUGAUCCCUUCUCUAUGUUGAGACCACCAAUGUUGGGAUAUGAUGAUUUUGAAAACCGGGCUCUGACUAGUCGCCACAACAUGCACAAUUCACUUAUGUCCCCAUUUUCCAUGCCAAUUAUGCCAAAUUUUAACAGACUGCUCAGUGGAUCCUUAGACUCUAUGGCCAAUACUGGAAACUACCACAGCUCCAGUACAGUGAUCAGCAUGACAUCUGGACCUGAUGGUCGUCAACAACUUUACAAAGCAACUUCUAGUACAAGAGUAGCACCUGGAGGUGUCAAAGAAACCCAGAAGACAGUUACAGACUCAAUGACAGGCACUAAGAAAAUGUCCAUAGGCCACCAUAUUGGUGAAAGAGCUCAUAUUAUAGAAAAGGAACAGAAUAUGCAUACAGGCGAAAGAGUGGAGAGCGAGGACUUGAUAAAUAUUGAAGAUGAUGAGAAAGAAGAAUUCAACAAUGAAUGGGAAAGUAAAACAAGGAGGUCUGAAAUUCCCAGAAUAACUGCAGGUUCAUCUAGAAAUCGUCAUGGUUCAUAUUUACAUUCAUCCAUACCAGCCAUAACAGCAGGAUCAAGUAGUCGUCGACAUAGGGACAGAACCGUACCAGCUACGUCGCCAUCUGUGAUAUCUGCUCGGAGAGGUAUACGUUCGCCAAAGUUAGCGCUGCCUUCGACGAGCGCUCCUAGUGCUGCUGGUAGGCACCCUUAUAGUUCCCCCAAUCAACCACAACAACAGAAAAAAUCAAAAUCAUUAAAAACUUUUGAAGAAGAUCCUUCACCACCCCAGGCUGACAAUUAGAUUUAUUCUUAUCAUCGUUAGAUUAUAGUAUUACUAAAAUAUAGAUAUUUUACUAGAUACAUUUCAAGCUGUAAUAACGUAAAUAGUUCGUUUGAAUUAAGGUGUUUUGUUGUUAAUCAUCCUAAAGUUACUCACUUUAAUUUGGGGUUUUCCUUUAAUCCUAUUUACUGUGCCAUGUAACUCGGAUUUACUCAAGUUCAGAAAAUAAAAAUGGUAUAAUAUGCUUCUAAAAUUUAUAUUUUACCAAAUUCAUUUACUCAAAAUUAUUACACAGAAAGUAAAAUAUAUUGAACAACUGCCGUAAGAAAAAUUAAUAAACCCAUAAUCAGGAGCAAUGUCACGUGAAAGCUAUAGAAUAUUAAAAAUAUGGAAUUUUUCCUCCUUUCUGUUGGUCAAUUAAAGAUGAUAUUUUCAAGUCUUAUAUGUCUUUUUAUAAGUCUUUUUAUUUUAGAAAUGCUUAAAAUAUUUACGUUAUUAUAUUUGAAAUAUGUCUUCAGGCACAUUCAAUUUAUUUUUGUAGAAUGGUUGCCCUUUUGUUUUCUUUUUUUAAAAUUUUUUUGAUUUUUAAUAGUUAUUGUAUUUGGUCGAUUUCGUAGUAUGGUAAAUGAGAAGUGAACGCAACAGUGUAAGGUUAUAUUUUUUACUUUAAGAUAUUUACAGAGCAAUUAUCAUUUUUAGAUGAUUUCGACGACUAUAUGUGUACGAUCAUCAGUUAGCACAAAAUUUACUAUUCAAUGAAUAACCUAUUCAAAUAUAAAUUGAGAUUGCUUUGUGUG